AUGGCGGAGCCAUUCACUCGCUCCGUGUCGCAGCUCGUCUGCGCUCAGAUUUGCGAGUCUUUCGGCUUCCAGUCCAUCCAACGGUCAGCGCUCGAGACCCUGUCCGACAUCCUGACUCGCUUCAUCACCAGCGUUGGCGACGCCGCACACGCGCACGCGGAGCUCGCAGGGCGAACCGACGCUAACGCCAACGACGUCGCCCUUGCGUUAUCCGACGUCGGCACGUCGCUCGGCGAUCUCGCUCGCUUCGUCGAAUUCGCGGACGACAUCUCGUCGCCAUCGUUGGCGCAAGCCGUCCCGUCCUUCCCCGUGCCCAGAAACCCGCGCUUCGUCGCCGCCAGUUUCCUUCAGAGCGGGGAGGAUCCUCCUCCCCGUGGCGACAUUCCCGAGUGGCUGCCGGCGCUACCGGACCCCCACACGUACAUCGCCACGCCGGUGUGGGAGGCUCGGGGGCAGGAUAAGCGGCAGGAUCGGGUGGAGGAGGGGCGAGAGCGGCGGCGCGCUGAGCAGUCACUCGUGUCGCUGCACCAGCGCAUGGGGAUGGUCACGGCGGGCGGCGCGCAGGCGCGCGGUGGUGCUGGCGGCGGGCGGCUGCUGUGGGGCGGAUGGUCUCACGUUGGCGCGGGGGACGACCUCCUCGCAAGGCCAGGCGCGGGGAUCUCCGCGCCCGUGGCCACUGGUGCGGCGCCCGCAGUGCGCAACGACGAGGGCGCGGAGCGGGGCGAGGGGCGGAAGAAGCGGAGGAGGGAGUCAGACGGCGGGUGGGUAGCGGGUCAGGUUCCUUCCGCGCUGGAUGCCUUCCCGGGACUGAUGAUGGCCGCGGGCAGGGCGCGGGGCGGGGGAGCAGCAGGUGAGGGGGGUGAGGAAAGCGAGGAGGAGGAUGAGUUAGAGGAAAUAGAGGAAAGGAAUGGGGACGCGAUGGCUGUGGAUGGUGAUAUUGUGGUGGUGGAGGGCGGAGAGGAGAGGAAUGGUGGUGGUGGCAGUGGGGCCGAGGGAAUCCAGGCAGAGGGGAAUAAGGGCGAGAGGGUGAAGGAGGUUGGUUGGAGUGGGUGGUCGGCAAUGGAGAGGGCUUCAGGGGCGAGUGCUCCGGGGGUGUCGUUUCACCUAGGCAGCAAGAUUCAAGGCCAAGCUUGGAGCUGCCAGAAUGCAGUUGCCUGUUGUGCUGAGGCAGGCAAAACCAAAGGCCGGGCAAGUCCAAUCACGCCUUCUCCUGCCACCACCAAGCAGCAUCGCAAGGCGGAUCGCUCACAAACGAAGGCUAGCAAAAACGCGAAGCAGAAUGCCUCGAAUCGCCAAUCAGUGUUAGGCCUGCCACCGUCAAAUACACGACUCGAGAGCAAUUAUUUGAUAGGUCGCGAGAUCGGCCGCGGAUUGUACGGCGUGGUUCGCGUGGUGAUGCACAGGAAGUCGCACGAGCGAUACGCGUGCAAGACGGUCGACAAGCGUCGCAUGUCGCAGGAUCAGCUCGCACGACUCCGCACGGAGUUCGACAUUCUCAAGCGCGUAUCAACCCACCAAUCCGUAGCGGCCCUUGUCGACCAAUACGAGGACUCCACGUGCGUGCAUUUCGUCCUGGAGCUCUGCACUGGAGGGACGCUGUACGAUAUCCUCACGACGGCCUCUAUCGCGGAUGAUGCCUCCGCUGUAGAUCACUCUGAGAGCAGCACCAGUCCUGCCGCUGCCACAACCAGCACACGCAGCAGCAGCGGAAGCACCGCCAGCCGCAGCAGUAGCAACGCAAGUGGGAGCGCAUUGUCGAAGCGGAUGAGCGAGGCGCAGGCGAAGCAGGUGAUGCGGCAGCUCGCAGAGGCGGUGGCGCGGCUGCACGCGGAGGGCGUGGUGCACCGCGACCUGAAGCUCGAGAACAUCGCUUUCAUGGAUGCGCGGGACGCCAGGGAGGGCGCGUCGCACCCUGACGGCAGCACACACCAUGGCUCGACCAGCAGCCGCAGCACAAGCACAAGCCGCCAUUUCCCCAGCAUAGGCAGCGCCAGCAGCUUGGUCUCUGAUUUGAGUGGCAGUGAGGCCGACAGCGACUGCACGGGUUCCCUGGCGUCCCCCUCUGCGCCCUGCUCCCCCGCCUUCUCCGCGCCCUGCCCUCCCCUCAAGCUCCUAGACUUUGGUCUGUCCACGUGGCACAAGUCAGCAGACGGGCAGCGGCUGACGGAAAUUGCGGGGACGGCGUAUUAUGUGGCGCCAGAGGUGCUGAGGAAGCAGUACGGCAGCGAGUGUGACGUGUGGAGCAUGGGGGUCGUUCUUUACAUGAUGCUUACUGGAUCUCCACCCUUCUGGGAUGUUUCGGAAGAGGCAAUCUGCUCUGCCGUCUUGGCAGGCCACUAUGACAUGGUCAGUGCACCAUGGCCGUCCAUCUCACCUGCUGCCAAGGACCUCGUCAGGCGCAUGCUGCAGACUGACCCGGUCAAGCGAAUCACAGCAAUUGAAAUCCUAGAGCAUGAGUGGAUCUCCUUCUAG